AUCGGCAGCGCUCCCAGCCGCUCUGACACCUCAAGUCCUCAACAAUGGCUACGCGGUCCCUCGCAACAGCCCUUGCAGCAGCAAUAGCAACAGCAACAUGUCUGCUCGUACGUCCGGCAGAAGCUAUAGUUUGUGAGCUCCCGUACGAGGACAUCGGAGGCAAGUGCCUUUUCGUGGACCCUCUGGUGUCGGACACCUGGUACAACAUGAGGCUCUUCUGCAGGACCCUUGGAGCCGGAGGAGAGCUCGUGAAGAUCGACUCGGCCAACCUUCUGGCCGACAUCAUCGCCUACAUUAAAAGAUAUCACUUCGACAGCGCCAAUUACUGGAUCGGCGCCAACGACGAAGACUUCGAGCAGAAGUUCAAAUGGCAGGACGGGACUGCCGUGCCGACGGGGUCGCCCUUCUGGCGGUACGAGUGCGACCAAUCGCUCUCUCAGCGACCCCUCCUCGACACCACCCGUAACUGCGCCGCCCUGGACAUGGACGCCCAUUUCCUCCUGUCAGAUUUCCCCUGCUUGGGCGAUGACGAAGUGAAGUUCAGUCCCAUAUGCGAAGCGAUUUGAAGACCCCCGGAGAUUCGUUUGACGUUCGGAUGGUAACGGCGACCCCGACUGGGGAUUAGGCUGGAAAGAAGAAUAAUAGGAAGAAUAAGAAGAGGAGUGAUAACUGAUAACUAUUAGUCAAUAAUACUUUUUAAAGAGUUCGGAGAUAAGAAAUCUCGCUUCGCGAAGAGGUGGCCUCAGUAAUCGAUGAUAAAAUAUAUUUUCAAAA